AUGGCCGAUUUAGGGGGUCAGCAAGGCCGGAACUACCGGCCUUACGGGCAUCCCUCCGCUUUUCAACGUGAUGCUGCAUUCUCCGAGAUUUUCGGCGGAGCACCGGGACGCUCGCAGACGAUGACCUCCCAGACUCCUCAGUUCUCCCAAGAUCGGGCCCAUACCAUGUCUUCACACGUGCCCCAUCCGCAAAUGCAGAGGGGUCCGCCACCACCCGCGCGCCAGAUGCAGAAUGGAUACCCCCCGGGCCCCCCCAACGGUUAUUAUCAACCGUACGGUGGAAGCGCAGCUACAAUGACCUCCCAGCACCCUUCCCAGAAUCCUCCACGACCCUAUCCCGGACGCUCUGCUUACCCUCAGCCGCAGAGGCUUGAUUCGAGACCGAACCACGGGCCACAAUAUCCGGAUGCAAAGGGUUAUGCUCGACCAGUGCCCCACCCUGCCCUGAACUCCGACGCUUACAGAUCAAGGUCAAUGGCGAGGUUGGGAGGGCCACCGAUAUAUCAGCCACCAUCCAGUGGCUUCAACCAUACCUCUGCAACCUAUUCCCGCCAACAGCCCUAUAAUGCAGGCGCCGCCCCCAUGACACCUCAGGGACGUGUGGUUCCGGAGAGGAAUCAGAACGAGCGCUCCAUGUCAUUGACCACUUACUCCACUGACCGCGACCACGCUCAUACAACACAAACUGGACGGGUCAUUCCUCCCAGGCGACAGCCUUCCGGCCCUAGUCCACCCCCGGAAGCCUCCUCGUACCCAGCGGAUGUGAUUAACGCGUAUGAUGUUAACGGAAAGUCUCGUCCCCCUAGCGAUGGCUCCAUGAACUCCCGCACCAUGUCCAUGGCAUCCACCGUUGUUCCGGACCGUACUAUGAGCAUGCAAAGCCAAAUUGCUCCGAAGCCCAGUAACACGUCGACUCUUGUCCAAAGCAAUUCCCGUCGGAGUAAGGUGCCGCUAGUUUACCCAGCCCUGCUUUCGAGAGUGGCCGAUGUCUUCCGUGAGAGGAUUACGCUCGCUGAACGGCAAAAGAACGGACUGUCGUAUCAGAACGCGUUCUCCGGUGCGGAGGCGGUCGAUCUGAUCGCCUACAUAAUCAAGACUAUGGAUCGCAAUCUGGCUCUGCUGUUGGGACGCGCUUUGGAUGCGCAGAAGUUCUUCCACGAUGUGACAUAUGACCACCGUCUGCGAGAUGCUCCCGGUGAGCUUUACCAGUUCAAAGAAACCAUGGGAGAGGAAGCGCCCAGUUCGGAGGUAAAUGGAGUGUUCACGCUAUUGACUGAAUGCUACUCGCCGACUUGCACUCGUGACAGCUUAUGCUACUCGAUUGCUUGUCCCAGGAGGUUAGAACAGCAAGCUAGACUGAAUCUCAAGCCGCAGCCGGGACUCCGCUCGUCUGCCUCCAAGGGCAGUUUGCACGGUGAUGACGACGACAAUGAUAACCAGAAAUUGUGGAUUAACAUGGUUCCUAAGGAGAUUUCUGAUGGCAUUGACGACCGCGAGAAGAAACGUCAGGAGAUCAUUUUCGAGAUCAUGUACACCGAGCGCGACUUCGUCAAGGACCUCGAGUAUCUACGAGACUUCUGGAUGAGGCCAUUGCGUUCGGCAGGCAAUGCUAAUCUUUCGCCAAUCCCUGAGCACCGACGGGAGAAGUUCAUUCGCACGGUAUUCGGAAAUUGCUUGGAAGUCUUGAAGGUCAACGGCGGAUUGUGUGAGGCUCUGAACGCACGCCAGAAGGAGAACCACGUCGUCAAGACAGUUGGUGAUAUCUUCUUGCAGCACGUGCCACGCUUUGACCCAUUUAUCAAGUACGGUGCAAACCAGCUCUACGGAAAGUACGAGUUCGAGAAAGAAAAGGCAUCAAACCCGGCUUUUGCGAGAUUCGUUGAGGAAACAGAACGUCUCAAAGAGUCACGGAAGCUGGAGUUGAACGGUUACUUGACCAAGCCAACCACUCGUCUGGCAAGGUACCCCUUGCUUUUGGAGCAGGUUGCCAAGAACACGGCGGACGAUAAUCCUGACAAGCAAGACAUUCCCAAGGCCAUCAAACUCAUCAAAGAUUUCCUGUCUCGCGUCAAUGCUGAGAGUGGAAGAGCUGAGAACCAUUUCAACCUUGUGCAGCUCAAUUCAGCUUUGAAGUUUCCCCCGGGCGAAUAUGUCGAUCUGAAGCUGACGGAAGAGAACCGUCAAAUGCUGACGAAGAUGGCUUUCAAGAAAACGCCAACUGACAGUUCUGAAGUUACUGCAUACCUUUUCGAUCAUGCGGUUCUCCUGGUGAGAAUCAAGAUCGUGAACAAGCGGGAGGAGUACCGAGUAUAUCGGAAGCCCAUCCCUCUCGAGCUUCUGGUCAUUGCUCAAAUGGACGAGGUGAUUCCCAGGGUUGGUGUCGCUAAGAGGCCCUCUUCUAGUCUGCUCUCCAACAAGGCUGCUGCAAAUCCACCCACGACUAAAGACGGCCUGCCCAUCACUUUCAGGCAUCUUGGUAAGGGGGGUUACGAGCAGACUCUAUACGCCACUUCUCCUACGCAAAGAAGGAAAUUCAUCGAAAUGGUAGAAGAGCAACAGAGGAAACUUAGGGAGCGGAACAGCAACUUCUACAAUAAAACUGUCCUUUGCGAGAAGUUCUUUACCUCUGUCAACAGGGUAAAUUGCCUUGUUCCAGUUGACGGUGGCAGAAAGCUCGUGUAUGGUACAGACAGCGGCAUUUACUUGUCUGAGCGUUGGCCUAAGGAUAAAUCGGCUAGACCUAGACGAGUUCUUGACGUGAGCCAGGUUACGCAAAUGGACACUUUGGAAGAGUAUCAACUACUCUUGGUCCUGUCGAAUAAGACGCUCUCGUCUUACCCAAUGGAGGCUUUGGAGAUCAGUGAAAGUCAAAACACAGUCGCAAAGCGGCCCAAGAAGAUCCAGGGACAUGCGAACUUCUUCAAGGCCGGAAUCGGACUGGGCCGUCAUUUGGUGUGCUCUGUCAAGACUUCGGCUUUGUCGACGACCAUCAAGGUUUACGAACCCAUGGAUAAUCUGGCUAAAGGCAAGAAGAAGUCUGCGGUCAGCAAGAUGUUCCAGAGUGGUCAGGAUAGUCUGAAGCUCUUCAAGGAAUUUUACAUCCCCGCCGAAUCGUCGUCGAUACAUUUCCUCCGUUCCACACUUUGCGUUGGCUGUGCACGUGGUUUCGAAGUUGUCAGUCUGGAAACCACCGAGACGCAGUCACUCUUGGAUCAGGCCGACACCUCACUCGACUUCGUUGCACGCAAAGAGAACGUCAAGCCGAUUCAUAUCGAGCGUAUGAAUGGAGAGUUCCUGCUUAAUUACAGCGACUUUUCUUUCUUUGUCAACCGCAAUGGUUGGCGCGCACGCCCGGAUUGGAAGAUUUCUUGGGAAGGCAACCCUAACGCUUUUGCCCUCUCUUAUCCUUACAUUCUUGCUUUCGAACCAAACUUCAUUGAGAUCCGACACAUCGAGACGAGUGAAUUGGUCCAUAUCAUGACCGGAAAGAACAUCCGCAUGUUGCAUUCUUCCACGCGAGAGAUUCUGUAUGCCUACGAAGAUGAAUCGGGCGAGGACGUGGUAGCCAGCUUGGAUUUCUGGAACAAGCCGCAACACUAG